UGGCACAUGGCAGAGUGUGGCGAUGGAGACAGCAGCAAUGGGAGGCCGUACAGGGACCCAUGGCACACUCUGGACCUGGCAGCAGCAUGAGGAGGCGGUACGGGGGCCCAUGGCAGAUUACGGGCCUGGCAGCAGCAAUGGGAGGCCCGUAAUCUGCCAGCACCCUAUGACAAAAUGGAACCCACCAGCAGUGUGAGGAGACCUGAAAGUGGCACAUGGCAGAGUGUGGCGAUGGAGACAGCAGCAAUGGGAGGCCGUACAGGGACCCAUGACACACUCUGGACCUGGCAGCAGCAUGA